CAUAGAGGCGAUGUUAUUCGCGAGGCAACUGCUUGUCCUUACUCUCUGGUUUCUACUGUCUCUAGUCUCUUGGAAAAAGUACCAAAUUUCCUGUUUAAUUUGUCGAAAUUCAGCUCAAAUGGCCACCAUGGCGAAACCAGUCUUCCUCAUUCCUCACCAUUCUCAUCUCAGCAAACAUUUAACUCUUUUUGAUUCCACCUCCAUUCGUCCCAAGCUUAGAGAUUCUCCAUUUUCUCAGUUCAACACUACUAUAAAGCACGUAAGAAAUACGCCUGUUGUUCCUGUAGUUAGAGCCCAAAGCUCCCCUGAAUAUAUUCCGGACGCUAAAUUCUACAAAGUGGAAGCGAUUCUCAGGUCCUGGCGAGUCUCGCAAGUUUCCUCGGCUUUGCUAAAAAUUGGUAUCCGAGGUGUUACUGUUUCUGAUGUUCGAGGCUUUGGUGCUCAAGGUGGUUCAACAGAGAGGCAGGGUGGCUCUGAAUUUUCUGAAGACAAGUUUGUUGCUAAAGUUAAGAUGGAGAUUGUGGUGAGCAAAGACCAGGUUGAGGCCGUGAUAGAAAAGAUCAUUGAGGAGGCAAGGACUGGAGAGAUUGGAGAUGGCAAGAUUUUCUUGGUGCCCGUUUCAGAUGUAAUAAGAGUUCGCACUGGUGAGCGUGGAGAGAAGGCUGAGAGGAUGACAGGAGGGCGAUCUGACAUGACUUCUGCGGCUUGGGUGGUUUGAAUUGCAAUAAGCCGCGCAAGAUUAGCGUCUGUCUUUUGAGAAAGCUUCUCUAAUCAAGCACGAUCCUUGACAGCCCUUCUCCAGUCCAACUUGGAAAAAUUGAUAGAUGUUCAUUGUAUGGAAUAAAUAAAUAUUAAAAGGAAACCUAAUCUUGUUCUGAAUGCAUGCUAGAAAAAUAAGAUAGUGUGUGACUUGAUUAA